AUGAACAUCAUCAGAUCAUGUCGUGUUCGAUGUGCCGAUUCCACUUUGCCAUGUCCUCAAGGGGCUCAGUACGCAGACACCGUGGAAUAUUUGAUUGUCAGUUUACCUCCACCCUCACACGGGCGUGUAUCCGGAUCGCGUGUCAAAUUGCGUGUGGUAGAUUGGAACCAGAGUUUUGUCAUAACUCCGGUUAUCAUGAUACGUUCUCCUUCUCUAACGUUUAUCUUCCUCGACCGAAAUUGCCUGUCGUACAAUGAUGAUGAUGAUGAUAAUGAUGAUGAUGAUGAUGACGAUGAUGAUGAUGAUGAUGACGAUGAUGAUGAUGAUGAUGAUGGUGAAAGCAAAAAGUCUCAUGUGUACGGUUUGCCGUGUAUCUGUGUUAUUUCGGUCCUCGGUUGUUUUCUAUUCGCACCGAAAAGUGUCACAUACAGUCGUGAUCUUUCUGAUCGUGCUCUAAUUGUCACAGACAAUUGCAAUGCAGAGGAAAGGAAAGACAUGUGGGAAUGGCAUUUGAACAGCAACUCUGGCCGAAUGGUUCAACAAGCUAAUUGUCGUUAUCGUUUGCUGGACAAAGCUCCAAACACACCUGUUGAACACCACUCCAAAGAUGGUGUAGUAUACUUGACACCGAUUUGGAAUCGUCCGGGAGCGUGGUCCGGCGCGUCCCGUACCGCUUCACAACAACGAGCCAUUAUGACUGCACAAGUGGCCGAUAAUCCCAUGACCUCGGACAAUGUGAUUGGCCAACUGUACUAUUUGUUCUUCCGUGUCUCCUGUUACAAAUAUCCUUUACGGGGAGACGAGACGAAUAUGUGGGAAGGGCCGGAAUUCCCGUCGGAUCCAUCCAGUCAGAAGAGUAGAAAUCCGCUAGUAUUUCAACAUUCGUUUUACGUUUACAUUUCUAUCGCAAAACAUCCAUUCUAA